CCGUCCGCGUUGGAGCCGUAAAGACGGAAUUUAUGUUCCCAUGAUCCCGUCUUGACCUCCACUAGCACCUCCACUUCCCCAUCUCCCUAAACCACAAGACAACCUAGUUCUCGUGUCUCUCUUACGUGCAUUGGCAACUACGGUUGCUAUCCCGGUUUAUCUCCUGUUGGAACCCGGCUGGUUCCACUUGGUGGCAUUGUCUGCCAACGACUUGAUAACCAAGCUCUUCUCCCUUGGAGGCAUCGUCAAACAAGUUCCUUCACACCUCAUCUUUCGACAACUCCUCAACACCGUCUUCGGAAGGUUCCAUGUCUCUCGCCCAACAUGUUACCGCUUCUGAAGGUGUCGACCGCGAGGUCACAGGAGACCAUGACGACCUCGGCGGAGGACUGUGGCGUCCCUUGAGCUACAACCCCCUCAUAGCUAUUGAUGCUGUUGACUACCCUGAGGAAAUUGUCGAGCCAUUGCCACACAUCGCUGCUUAUAAGGUAUCAGCUGCAAGGCGUUUGGCACAGGUCAUAUUUGGCGCUACUAUGUGCUGUCUCGCAUCGGGCAUAGUGUUUGGUUUCGCCUCGUUGAAACCCAUCCUGAUUGCCGAGGGUGUCUACAGUGAACUAUGCGGUGCCGAGCACGUCGACGGGAAAUCCUUGAUCAACGUUCCUUGUCCCGAACAGGAUAUGCGUCUAAACCUCUUCUUUGCUGCUGCUUCUGUCACAGCAAACAUCGCGGCGCUAUUCGCAGGCUACACUUUGGACCACUUUGGACGACGCACGUGCUAUAUCGCCGCAAGCAUACUGAUCGCUGCCGGCAGCGUGCUUCUGGGCUACGCCUUCGCCAUUCCUGAAUUCGACGGGUACAUCAUGGGCAAUGUCUUGUUGUCCAUUGGUGGCACCUUUCUAUUUGUCCCUAGCUUCCGGUUAGCCAAUGCUUUCCCCAAGUACUCCGGUCUCAUCGUUGCGGUCAUCACAGGAUGCUUUGAUGCCUCGGCCGCUGUGUUGCUCCUAUAUCAGCUCGCGUGGGAAGCCACGGACGGCUCUUUCACGCCGAACCAGUUCUUCUUCGCCUACACCAUCGUGCCAGUUAUUAUCCUCAUCGGAGAAUUCUCUCUGAUGCCUCGUGAUGCCUAUCAAACGACGCCCGACCUCGAGCACAAGAUCGAGAAGGCCUACGAUGCCACGCGUGACAUUCAUGACUCCGACCAAGAUAUCGAGAGUUCAACCGAACUUCAUCGUGUUCGAGGUAACCGUGCCGAUCGCCGUCUGAUCAAGCUUAAUCAAAUCGAGGAUAUUCUUGGCGACGCUGACGAACGUGAGGAACGAGCCCAAAAGGAAGAAGAGAUACACGUGGUGAGCGGUGUUUGGGGCGUGUUGCACGGCCUUCCUGCGCAUAGACAAAUGAUGACGGCUUGGUUCAUCUUCAUUCUGCUGCUGACAGCGAUACAAAUGCUGAAGAUGAACAGCUUCAUCUCAACCGUCUGGUCUCAGUAUCGGUAUCUCUUGCAGUCGGACGAGGACGCCGAGGCAAUCACCAAGUUCUUCGGCAUUGCGCUUCCACUUGGUGGAAUUAUUACAACGCCAUUCAUCGGGUUCCUGUUAAAUAACCUGAGUGUGACGUCGAUCAUCGGGCUCCUCACGGCAAUGAUCGCUAUGAUCGGAAUUCUCAAUUGCCUUCCUUUCGUAGCGGCCGGUUACGCGACCGUUGUGGUUUUCGUGAUCUUUCGACCACUUUACUAUUCUGCGAUGUCUGACUAUGCCACCAAGGUGUUCGGCUUCGCGACGUUUGGUCGCCUUUAUGGCGCGAUAACUUGUAUCUCGGGAUUGUUCACAUUCUCACAAUAUGGCUUGGAUGCGCUGACUCAUGGUCCGUUUCAUAACAAUCCGACACCUAUAAAUAUGGGACUUAUGGUUGCCGGCACAAUUGUUGGCUUGGCCCUUACGAUCUAUAUCGCGAUCAAGAGCAAGGAUUACAAGGAGGACUCGAAGGAAGGUAAUUACGUGCAGGAGGAGCGGGUGUCCCUGAUGAGGGAAAUGCGCGGAGACUAUGGCAGCAUCGUUUGAAGGCCGGUUCAAUAUGAAAAGCAACGCUAAGAAGAUGGCGAUCUUCUAAUGACUACAUGAUGAUUUAGCGACGGCGCCGGAGUUUGGGUUCUAGGGGCACGAACAAAAGAGGUAUUCAGAUAUUCUUAAUAUAAUAUUACUCUAUUCUUAUUACAUUUUCGGAGCAAUUGAAUUGACGUGGGCCGGAUUUCCCGUCGCUUCCUGGCUUUGGUGCUCUCUCGAUGUUAAACUCUGUUCAUUUUGAUAAACUCUGGUUUGACAAAUUACCUUGCUGUAAAAAGGAUGAAAUUGCUUCGUGUGAGAUAGCUGCA